AUGAAGAAUUAUCUCUAUUUAUUAUUGUUACUGUUGCUAACAUUGACAGUGCUUGGUCAGCAACCAUCAUGUCCUAUCGAUCCUAACUGGAGAGAUCCAACACCUCCAGGAGGUUUACUUUUAUCUGGCCAAGCGACUCCUCGUCAUUCCUUGCGCUCCACCAACACUGGAUCGACCACUGUCUACAACUCAAUAUCGGAUUGGGUCUACGUUGACUACUGGUACAAGAGUACACUGUUGUCCUUUGCCGCUGCCACUGGUACAUCUAAUGGAGUCAGUCUCACCGGUGCCUUUGCCGUAAAGUUGGAAGCCUGGCCUAUUCCUGAAUGGUGGCUUACCACGUCCAAUAUCACUCACUCAUUCAAGAAGGGUGUACAAUAUACCUUCUCGUUGAGCUUCCUGCUCGGUACUCCCAAUCCAAUGACAUUCACCGGUCUAUCCUUCUGUGCACUCCAGAACUACAACCCAAACACUGCCAAUGGAUUCAUUGCUGAGAACCCAACUCAGAUCGUCCAAUGUUUACCAUUCUCAGGACCAUUCAAUCAGUACACCAGCUGGAUGGAUCGUACUGUAACGUUCACACCAUCCACAGACUUGACCGGAAUCACUCUUGGUAUCCGUGUCCAAUAUCCAAAGACAGGUGUGCCCUACACCUUCUACAUCAAGAACCCAAGUCUUGCCGCUCCGCCCCCUCCAACUCCAACGCCAAUUGUGACCCAAUCCCCAACUCCAAGUGCUACUCCAUCUCCAACUCCAACACCGACCCAAAGUGUAACACCUGCCCCUCCAGUGACCACUGUGUACAAUACCCUCUCUGACUGGACCUAUGUUGACUACUGGUACAAGAGCACACUACUGUCAUAUGCCGUGGCCAGUGGAACAUCAAAUGGAGUCAAUAUCAACGGAGCAUUUGUGGUCGGUCUCGAGGCAUGGCCUAUUCCAGAAUGGUGGCUGGCAUCGACCAAGAUCAACCAUUCAUUCCUCAAUGGCGUCGAGUAUACGUUCUCACUCAAGUUCCUCCUUGGCACACCCAAUCCAAUGACAUUCACCAGUCUAUCCUUCUGUGCACUCCAGAACUACAAUCCAAACACGUCCAAUGGAUUCAUUGCUGAGAACCCAACUCAGAUCGUCCAAUGCUUCCCAUUCUCAGGACCAUUCAAUCAGUACACCAGCUGGAUGGAUCGCUCAGUCAAGUUCACGCCCUCCACCAACUGGACUGGAAUCACUCUUGGUAUCCGUGUUCAAUACCCAAAGACAGGUGCUCCUUACACCUUCUAUAUUAAGGAUCCUUCAGUUACUGCUCCAGGCGGCCCAGCUCCAACACAAACUCCUACCCAAACACCAACUCCUACCCAAACACCAACUCCUACUCAAACAUCAACACCAACUCCUACUCAAACACCAACACCAACACAAACAACAACUCCAACGCCAACUCAGACACCAACUCAAACGCCAACGCCAACUCAAACACCAACUCAAACGCCAACUCCCCCCUCAGGUCUCUUGACCAAAGAAUCUGAACUUGUCAAGCUUCGCAAGCCAACAACAGGACUUGUUUCACAGGAUAGAACACAGUGCCCACACUUGGCGACAGGUCUCAAGCAUUGGCAUGAUCCUGCCACUUGGGGUGGUUCAGUUCCAACACCAUCAACAGCCACAAUCACUCUCCCUGCCAACACUGCAGUACUCAUCUCAUCCUGUUCUCUUGUUCCAAAUGCCACAUAUCAACGCAUAGUAGUCCCCAGCGGAUCCAAACUAGUGUUCUCAGAUGCCACCUACACUCUUCAUGUCCGUGAUAUCUUUGUUGACAAUGGUGGACAACUCCUGAUGGGAUCACCAAAAUGUCGCAUCCUCGGAAACAUUGAGAUAGUGUUCCAUGGUCGAAAGACCACUGGUGAUACAAUCGCACCUGGUAUGGGAAGCAAGGGUAUUGCCGUCGCCAAGAAUGGCUUCAUCUCAAUGCAUGGCAAACAGUACCACAACACUUGGACUCGUCUCGCUGCCACAGCCAAGUCUGGUGACAAGUACCUCUACGUUAUGGACGACAUCAACUGGGAGGUAGGCCAACAGAUCGUGAUCACCACCUCCAGAUACUAUGAUGAGACGACUCGUGAGAACGAGGUGCGCACCAUCGCAAGCGUCACGGGCAGGACCAUCGGGCUCACCCAGUCACUCCAGUUCCUUCACUAUGCCGGCCAAGAGUACCAAGCUGAGGUCGGUCUCAUCUCUCGUCGCAUCAAGCUCACCGGUUCCUCGGAUGACCCUGCAUCUGAGGCAUUCGGUGGUCACAUCCUUGCGAUGGGCAGAGGCCAAUUCGCAGGACUCCAACUCACUCGAAUGGGCCAGACCAACAUGCGUGCCCGAUACCCACUUCACUUCCAUUUGGCUGGAUCACUCACCGACAGUUACAUCUCUGACAACUCAAUUGUCAACAGUUAUUACCGUUGUGUCACUAUCCAUGGCACUAACAAUGUUGUCGUAGAGCGUAAUGUUGGCUUUGACAUUGUGGGACACUGCUACUAUCUAGAGGAUGGUGUUGAGGAGAACAACACCGUUGCCUACAAUCUAGCUGCCUACGUCCAUGUAAUUGGAACACCUGCCGCAGGAGAUGGACAGGGUGGAGACACCUUUACCGAAUCAGACUCACUCAAACAGCCAGCCGACUCUGCAGCAGCCGGCUUCUACAUCACCAAUGCAUACAACAGGAUCAUUGGAAAUGCUGCAAGUGGUGGAUGGGCUGGAUACGCCUUCCCCAACCUCCACAACUCUGUUGGUGCCUUCCAAAGUCAGACGUUUGACCCCUCAAGCAGACCCAACCUCGAGUUUGAUGGAAACACGGCCCACUCCUCUGGAUACUUCUGGUCUGCUGGCGCAUGCAUCUACACUGGAGGUAGCCUCUAUUACUCUGGAUCACUUCUUCAGUAUCUGUCUGGUCGUGAUGCUCGAGAGACAACUGACACCAAUGGCAAUACGGUCUGGAUGAGAUUCACCAACACCAAAGCAUUCCUCUGCAACCUUGGUGUAGGCCACUGGGGCAAUCAGAUUGAGAUUGACUCUUAUGAAUCACAUGACAACAAGCGAUCUGCAAUGCUCUUUGGCUCGGCCUGGAUGAACAAUGCCAUUGUCAAUGGAAAGACCAACAAUCCUGUCGCUGAAGUAGAGAUACGUACUGGUUUUCAGUUCUAUGAUACCCUUACCCAAACAAUAUUGACCAACAUCAACUUCCGUAACUUUAAACAUCGUCCACAAGCCACUGGUCCACUCGAUGACAACUCUGUCAUUCUCUCAAUGGUCCACAGUGACAAGUACAAGCCACAGGGUAUCUCUGCCUCCAAGAACAUUACCUACACCAAUGUCGAUCGUCAGGUCAUGAUCGCACAUGAUGCACAGGAGACUGGCUCGAGCAGAUACUUCAACUUUGUCGAUUGGGAUGGCUCUGCUACUCUCCGAGGCCGUCCUACCAUUGUAGGCUCCUAUCUCAACUGGUGGCGAUACGAUGACAGUUGCACCUAUGAGGCAGCUUGGAAAGUCUGGGUCUGCAACCAAGAUCCUGCCACGAGACAGAUCGCCAACAUUGAUUUCCUCAUCCCCGGAAUGAUCGAGUGGGACGGUCCAGAGAUGCCCGAGGACAGCUACAUUGGCAACCAUACUCUCUUUGGAGCAGGAAUAACAGGCCCAAGAAGGUCGUGUCUCAUGACCAAGAAUCCAGGCAUCACUGGUGUCACAAACAAUGGAUGGUACUUCUACUUCACGGCGCUCUCUGGCUCACCCUCGAGCUUCAAGAUCAAGGUUCACCAGAUGCCCCGUGGCACCUACGUCUUGCUUGCUCUCAGAUAUCCAGCCGGUACGACCUUCACUGCCAAGGGAUCUUACGAGUUUGGCAACCCUGUCAACACAAUAACCUCUGUAUCAUCACGUGAUCAGGUGGUCAAUGGAAAUGGAAACCAAUACUACUUUGACGGUAACCAUCUCUAUGUCAAGUUGCUCAACUCCAUGGACCUUGCCACCAACACCUUUACCCGAGGUGGAGUCUCCAUCUGGGACUACCUCUGGGGUUCAUACAACUAUGACAUCACUGCCAAGUGUCCAAACAACAAGUGCAAUGCUUCUGAUGUGCUUCCAGUCUGGUAG